ACUUGUUGCCAAGCAACGUAUCUUUAAUGAUGGAGGAUAAUGGCCCACCACCUCCUGUGGAAGGGAGAGCCUCAGAGGAAGGAGAAGAGAUAGGAGAUAUAAGAGAGUCUGAUUCCAUCGAGACUGGCUGGGUAGUUGUAUCAAAAGGACCAGAAGAGGAGAUUACUGAUGAACUAAGAGAAGAGAAGGAGGAAGAUAAAGGAAAUAAAGAUAAUGACUGCUUUAAUGAAGGAGAAGAAGACACUCUGAUUGACAGUAUCAAUAAUAGUGAUGUACCUACCAAUAAUGAAGAGAUACCUAAUGUAUCUAAGGAGGAGACUCUUGGCACUGGAACUGAACCAAAUGAUGAUAAUGUGACAGGAAUGACUGAUGAUCAUGUCACUGGUAGUACAGGAACAACCAGUGAUCAUGUGACUGGUAAUACAGGAACGAUUGAUGAUUGUGUCACUGGUAGUACAGGGACAACCAGUGAUCAUGUCACUGGCAGUACAGGAACAACCAGUGAUCAUGUGACUGGUAAUACAGGAACGAUUGAUGAUUGUGUGACUGGUAGUACAGGAACAACCAGUGAUCAUGUCACUGGCAGUACAGGGACGACUGGUGAUCAUGUCACUGGUAGUACAAGGACAACUGGUGAUCAUGUCACUGGUAGUACAGGGACGAUUAAUGAUCAUGUCACUGGUAGUACAGGGACGACUGGUGAUCGUGUAACUGGUAGAAAGGUAGAAGAAAAAGACACUGGGCCUAGGAUGACAAAGAAAUUCUUAAAGGAAUUGUGCAAAAAGAAUAAGCUAUACACUACUCCAUAUCUUAAUGAUGUCCUUUAUCUUCACUUUAAAGGUUUCUCCCGUAUUGAGAACCUUGAUGAGUACACAGGCCUGCGUUGCUUAUGGCUUGAGUCUAAUGGUAUCCUACGUAUUGAAAACAUAGACCACUUGACAGAGCUAAGGGCAUUAUUUUUGCAUCAAAAUUUAAUCAGGAGGAUAGAGAACUUGGACUCACUUCAGCUACUUGAUACACUCAAUCUCAGCAACAACAUGAUCACAAAAAUUGAAAACCUAAGAUGCCUGCCUGUACUCAAGUCACUUCAGAUAGCACACAAUAACAUACAAACUGCCUCUGAUAUUGAAGAGUUGGUUCACUGCUCUAGUCUAAGUUGUGUAGACAUAUCUCAUAACAGGUUAGAUGACAAGCAAGUGGUAUCAGUAUUCUUUGCAAUGCCUGAAUUGAGAGUAUUGAAUCUAAUGGCAAACCAAGUCAUCAGGGAGCUACCUAAUUACAGAAAAUCCUUAAUCUGCGGCAUUGAGCAGUUACAGUAUCUUGAUGACAGGCCAGUUUUUCCAAAGGACAGAGCUUGUGCAGAAGCAUGGCAAAAAGGAGGAGUACAAGAGGAGCAGGCUGAGAGACAGAGAUGGAAUGAAAGGGAGCAGGAAAAAAUUAGAAAGAGCAUUACUGGCCUUGCUAAAAUACGAGCUGAAGCAAUAAAGAGAAGAUACAGAGAGAAGCAGCUCGAGGCCAAAGCUAGAGGAGAAGAAGCAGACUUGAGCAGUAGCAGUAUCAGUGACUCCAAUGAAGAGAGUGAGGAUGAAGAGGAAAACAAGAUGGAGGAAGGUGAGAGAGAAGAAAGCCCGGCAUCAUUAGAGGACCCACCGCCAUUGGAGGACGUUACUGCUUCUUUGUCAUCUCCUCCUUCUGAUGCUCCUCUUGUCAUUGAAGAAAUACCAUUUAUAAAGCCAAGUGUUCCUGUAGCAGAGCAGAUAUUUUUAGAUGAAGAAGUGGGACUGUUUUCAACAAGAGGGGGAGAAGGAGAGGGUAGAAAGACUGGAGGUGCAGUAAAACUGAUUGAGCAAGUUGGGAGAGGCCUGGAGUCAAUAGAAACCAUUGAGGAAGUUAAUAAAGCUACUGCUUCUGGUGAUGAUAAAUGGGCUGGAAGAAUCAGCCCAGUGGCUCAUAUCUCACCAGAACCAGUUGAUAUUCUUGUAGAGGAACUUGACGAGGCUUCAUUGUUUGAGACUGCUGGCAAAGUUUCCAAAGAUAUAAUACAAGAAUUUGACUCUGCAAUGUCCAAGAUAAAAGAGAAGGAACCAUCUGAACUUACACAAGAAGAAAAGAUAUGGAGUGUUGCUAGUAGAGGUGGUUCCACGCUGCCUGAAGACAGUGUUCAAUUGGAUGAUGAGACAAACCUGAAAAUAAAGAAAACUGUGACAGAAUUCAAGAAACACAGAGACACCACAUCACUUGCUUUUUAAUAAAUUAUGAACUAUAAUAACUCCUGUACUCCAAUUAUUAUUAUUAUUAUUAUUAUUAUUAUUA